AUGGCUCCGUCGCAAGCGCCUUUUCUCUACAGCGCCGUCCAUAGCGACUCGCGCUUCCCUGAACCCAAGUUUGAUCCAAAGGCCGUCACAAGAGCGAGUUGGACGCCUCCAUCACCGCGAAAGAAGCAUGAUGGUCCUCUUGUCUCCUUCAACACACACCCUGAUAUGCAUGAGGUUCUAACCUACAGAGCCAAUGAGUAUGCUUCCAUGAGCCCGCGAAGCAAGAGCUUCAUCAAAUGGCUUCGACACUUGCAGUCUGCUCUGCGCGUUCUGCAGCUCGUUGGAGCUCUUGGGCUGCUCGCUUUGAUGGUUCUUAUUGACAAGGUUCCCACUCUUGAGGGAUGGGUCAUGAGAAUUACUCCUGCCGUUGCCAUAGUGCACUGCGUUUAUGGCAUCUAUCACCAUUCUCGUGACGCCGCGGGACGUUCACCUGCCUCUUCGGCAUCGUAUCAGCUGUUUUCUGGAGUCACUGACCUCGGUGUUGCGCCUCUGUACGCCUUCGGUGCCCUCUCAGUACGCACCAAGAGUGACAUCUGGAUAACGCGCCUUUCGAACCAGUCCCUCAUGGACACUUUCAAGCCUGUGCUGUUCUACACGUUCGUCGCUGCCGGUGGUCUUCAUGUCAUAAGCUUGGCUAUUGCUGGAUGGCUGGGCUUCAUGUUCCGCAAAAUUAGCUUGAUGCCACCUGACAUGAACCCGCUCGAGAGUCACUUGACUGCUCGACCAAAGCACAAGAAGAACAAGUCGUCUGUGAUGACUGCCAGCACCAUGGAUAGCGAUGGCCGACGAGACUCUAUUAUACCCCAGGAAGGCAUUCAUGAUGGCAUUGAACCACCACGCACGAUUCCUUUCCGCCACACUCGCAACGGUUCUACUACCACAGUCGGAACUAGAGACUCCCGAUCCCAAUUCCCAGCAAGCCCGCAGUACCAGAGACCUCCUACAACCCCCCGCCGUGAUCGUCGAGAUUCUGCUGCCUCAAGGGCGACAACAAGGACUUCUGCCACUCGCUCAAUUUACCACGAUGCGUACUCGGAGAUUCCUCUUGAUGAGCAAGACAGCUCCCGUCCUCCCAGCAGCUAUAGAUAUAGCCAGCCUCGCCCCGCUAAGUUUACCGAGACCUGGAGACCUACAGACUCUCUCAUCUCUCGGACAAACCAACGAAACCGUGAACUGGAAGCGUCAAAAACAAGUACUGCGAACCGGGAGAACAAGUCUUAUGAAGCUUUGGGCCAACGUUACGUGCACGAAGAUUCAGAUUCCGAAUACGGCGACGAGAACAACCCGUCGUAUGAUAUGGGCGUUGAUGGCGACGAGCUUCGACCUCAUCCUCUCCGCUUGAACCCCCCAGCUGAACAACGGGAGCGUACCUCGCCUCCUCGAGCCAAGACACCUUACUUCCCAUUCAAGGAUUCCUUGACCGACAUCAGCUCCAACGCAAGACGCGUGAGUGCUAGCAGAGACAUUGCCGAUGAAAAGCCAGCCUUCACUUCUCAAAAACGACAAAGCUCUAUCCAACCAGAGUCCGAGUUCUACGCCAGAUCAUACGGAGAACUCAAGAGCGCAACACCCCCUGUUAUGGUUGGCAGCGACAACCGCAAGGUCUCGACAGGAAAUGACUAUAACCAGAAUGCUGCAGGAGCAUAUGGACGAAGGAACGUAAGCGGCAAGAUGGCUGAAGAGGGACGAGCGGCCGGAAACCGGUUUUCCUUCCUUGAUGGACGUAACCCGCUGGCAGAGAGAAGAUGA